ACUUCGCGCAGCUGUAGUCGUCGCCUGGGCGCUGCUGCAGACUUUUGAAUAAAACGAGAGAGAGAGCGAGCGAGCGAGCGAGAGCGUAACUGUGUGCUUGUGUGUGUGUGCAAAUCCUUUAAUUUAACAGCGUGCUAGUUCACGUGCCAGCCAGUCAGGAUAAACAAAGGCAGCCACAAAAGAGCAAAACACAGCAAACAAAAGCGGAAGAGCAGCAGCAGCAGCAGCAGCAAUAAGCAAAGAAAAACAGGACAUUGUGUUUUAGGCGCGCUACUGUUUAGCACGCUCAGCAAACACUUGGGCAAUUGUUUACCGUCCUUAAGCCACGCAAGAUGUCGCUGCAUAUUGGCAACAGCCAUUCGCUGUCCGAGGAAGAAAUCGAUGAAUACUCAGAUGGCACUGUCAAGUUACGUAACUCUAAUAUAGAGCUAAUGGAUCAGGAUAUUUUAUAUCAUUUGGCGCUGGGCAGUGAGAGUCAUGACUUGGUCGAAAUGUUUGGCGACGUUAGGUUCGUUUGCAUGGGCGGCACACCCAAGCGCAUGGAGAACUUUGCACACUUCAUGAUGGACGAGAUUGGCUACAAGCUGCCCGCCGGCACAAUGCUGCAGGACAUAAGCGCCUAUUCGUAUCGCUAUUCGAUGUAUAAAGUGGGUCCAGUGCUGUGUGUGAGCCAUGGCAUGGGCACGCCCUCGGUGAGCAUAUUGAUGCAUGAGAUGAUCAAGCUGAUGUAUCAUGCCAAGUGCAUGGAUCCUGUGUUCAUACGCAUUGGCACCUGCGGCGGCGUGGGCAUUGAAGGCGGCACUGUUAUUAUCACAGAGGAUGCUUUGGAUGGGCAGCUGCGUAACUCGCAUGAAUUUACAAUUCUAGGCGAAACGAUACAUAGACCUGCCAAGCUGGACAAGAAGCUGUCACGCGAGCUCAAGUCGCUUGCCAGCCCCGAUGAUCCUUAUGACACAAUCAUUGGCAAAACGCUGUGCACCAAUGAUUUCUAUGAGGGUCAGGGACGUCUCGAUGGCGCCUUCUGUGAGUUCAGCGAAGCCGACAAGAUGGCCUAUUUGGAGAAGCUGCGCAGUCAUGGCGUCGUCAACAUCGAAAUGGAAAGCACCAUCUUUGCCGCCUUGACUCAUCAUGCUGGCAUCAAAGCUGCUGUCGUCUGUGUUGCAUUGCUGAAUCGUCUGAACGGUGAUCAGGUCAAUACACCCAAGGAGGUGAUGCAUGAGUGGCAACAACGUCCGCAGAUACUUGUGGCACGCUAUAUACGCAAAGUGUUGGCCCAAACCGGACAGCUAAAGUCUUUGUUUGAUCAUCAGGGUUCGAUAAAGUCGCCCCGACGCUUUAAGCUUGUGCAGCAGGAAUCGCAAGCUCAUGAGUAAUUUACAUAUAUGUGGUUUAAUUUUUGAAGUUACCUUUGGCUGCUACGUCAACAUAACUUAUGUAUACAAAAAGUGUUUCAACAUUCCUUAGUCUUAAGUGCAUUUGUUUUAAGUUUAUUGAAAGACACCAUAAAAUACUUGUAAACGCUUUACAACGCAAACAUUCCUUAGUUGACUUUGUUUUAAGUUUCGAUUUAUUUAUACACACAACCUCAUUAGCUUGUUAGUAACAAACAAACAAACAAACAAAUAAUUGUGCUGAAGUUAAAAAAAAUACAUACAACAAAUUUUAUAAUUCGUCUAUGUGUGGCGUUGGUUGUUUCAAAUUCAAAUUGAUAUUGUUAAUUGCAUCGAUGUUUAUACAACAAAAACUAUAUAUACAAUUAUUAUAAAUGAAUGCUGUUAAUUGUUAUGU